UUGUCUGAUUCCGAAAUCUGGUGUUCUCAGAAGGUGCCUCAGGUGUCAGGUGCGAAAUCCUGUCUCAGGACGAGCUGUGCCUUGUCGGAACUGGCGAAACGCGCAUUCGAGGCAAGCUGUUCGCGCGCGGUGAUAGGAUCUACCCCACUAUUCUGCACGUUGCUCUAGCCGUGUUCCGCCAUCCUCCCUCGUUCCUUCCUCGUCGUCGCAGUCCAGUUUCCCCCACUUUGCGUGCACCCCGCCUUUCUCUCUCUCUCUCUCUCUCUCUCUCUAUCUCUUUUUUCCUUUCUCUUUUUCUCUACUCUUUUCUCACCCCUCACUGUUCGCCACUAGGAAAACCCCUGCGUCUGCUCUUCACACGUUUGCUCCUCGCCGAGGUUGGGGCAGUUUUCGUACGACGCGCCCUUCCGUCGAGUCGCUGAGAAAGAGAGAGAGAGAGAAAGAGUGGGGGAGGAAUAAGAGAGGGAGAUAGGAAUGCACACAAAUUGCGGUGCAAUCUACUGCAAUGGUGUGUGACAGACGAGGUUGAAAGUGUAACCGAACGAUGGAAUUAAAGAGGCGCGAUCCGCCACGAUCGUCCGCCUCGGGAAUUCCUCCUCGUGGAAGCAGUUGAGCGAAGUGCAAAUGCUUUCUCGUUCAUACCACCUGAUCUCGGAGAUAGAGAGAGAGAGAGAGAGAGAGAGAGAGAGAGAGAGAGAGGGAGAGAGAGAGAGAGAGAGAGAGAGAUGAGAGAACGUCCCGCGAGUGCAACGAGCUAAUCCGCGAUAACGCAGAGCAAUUUCUCCCAAAGGGAUUCUCCCCGGCAUCUUUUUCUUGCGAUAUCAGUGUGGAACGUGAAUUGUGCAGGCCGUCACUAUCGUAGCAGGUAACUUCUUAAAGACGGUUCUAUUUUUCACACGACACAUCGCUCUGUAUUGAAAAGUUGUUCGUUCCCGCUCGCACGCCGAAGGUCUGCUUAAAACGCGGCCCCUUUCCGUUUUUCUCAUUUCUGGCCGCCCGAGGCCAGACGAGAAUGAAUUCGCAUGUAAACGAAAUCCUCCCCGUUGGGACGACCAUACGAGAGUUCGAUGAAGAGGCCGCAAAAAGCAAGACGUGAAUAUAAAUGCGCGCUCGCGCUUUGAGAAUCAGAACGUACGUGCUUUCCUUUUCUGAAAUGCAGUCUCACGUAGGCAGAUGCAGCUUAUCGAGAGGCACGAUUGCAAAAGCGACAAGCGAGGCUUCCCAAAUGCAAAAGAAAAUUCAGAAUAACGUCAUGCAUGAUAAUGUUAGCGAGCUGGAAUAAAUCACCAAUGAUUACGUGCUAGGAUAAUAAAUUAUCAAGGACAGAUAAAAACAAAGAGAGAGAGAGAGAGAGAGAAACUGAUAAUACUGUGAAUGCCGAAAGAGAAGAUCGAUCGAGUCGAGAGUCACAUGAUUCACGCAAUUUCGCGCUGCGUACCGUCGAUGAUACGAGCGGAUACGUGACGAUUUGAUAGACUCGAUCGCGAUACGUUGAGGAUGUUGCUUGACAAAUUGUAUCUCCACCUUGCCGACGAGGAUCGAAUCGAAUCGUCAAGAAAUAAACUCAAGAGACUGAGGAUGACUGUGGCCGAACGAAGACUUGUGCACGACUCGCGUUUUUAAAUAACAGUAACAUUUUUUUAAAUAACAGUAAGAACACGCCCGUCAUCGCGCCGGCAUCAUGGGGAAUGGCAUGAACAAGGUGCUUCCUGGUCUUUACGUAGGUAAUUAUCAGGAUAGCAAGGACGCCGAUCAGUUAGAGCGUUUUGAAAUCACGCAUAUUCUGGCUAUUCACGACACAGCUCGCCGUUUGCAUUCCGACAAGCAUUAUCUAUGCAUAUUGGCCGCCGACAGUCCUGAUCAGAAUUUGUCGCAAUACUUUUCUCUGUGCAAUGACUUUAUUCAUGCCGCCCGUCUUCGCGGCGGAAACGUUCUGAUCCAUUGUUUGGCAGGAAUGUCGAGGAGCGUGACAGUAGCGGUGGCCUAUAUCAUGAGCACCACCAGUCUAUCUUGGAAAGAAGCGCUCAAAGUCGUUAGAGUCGGUCGUUCGAUUGCAAAUCCGAAUGUUGGUUUUCAACAACAGCUCAAGGAUUUCGAGUCUAGCCGUUUACAAGACGAGCGUAAUAGGUUGAAAGAACGAUUCCCUAGCCUCGCUCUCACCGAGUCCGACGCUGAGGCCUGCAGAUCCACCCUGAGGAAUUACGAAACAUUGGCUCUGGCGAAAGAGGUUUGCGAAGGUAAAUGCGCCAUGGGACGCACUUGUCCGACCGGACUUUGCCGUCAGGCAACUAAGAGGACUCUGAGAAGGAAGUCAUCCACCAGCAGUAUCGGAAGCGUGUCAUCCGGCAGGACACCUCCGCAAACACCACGGAUGCUACCAUCCGCGCCACCCUCACCGGCUUUGCACAGAUCAUCUAGCGUUAUGUCCACAUCGAGACCGAGGAGUGGACCGGCAGGAUUGCAUUCUUAUACCGGAGGAUCCGCUCCUCCUUCUAGGGCUGUGUCGAGGGUGGAUCUUUCGGCGGCGGUCGCCUGCAGCAGCAGCAACACCAGUCUCUCCGCCAUAGGCAGAUCGAGUGCGUUCUCUAGUAGCAAUUGGCGACUGACCGCCGGUUCCGCGCCGAACAAGCCGAGACCGACGCCGCCGGUCUCGCCCAACACCUGGGAGCGUAAUAGGUUGAAAGAACGAUUCCCUAGCCUCGCUCUCACCGAGUCCGACGCUGAGGCCUGCAGAUCCACCCUGAGGAAUUACGAAACAUUGGCUCUGGCGAAAGAGGUUUGCGAAGGUAAAUGCGCCAUGGGACGCACUUGUCCGACCGGACUUUGCCGUCAGGCAACUAAGAGGACUCUGAGAAGGAAGUCAUCCACCAGCAGUAUCGGAAGCGUGUCAUCCGGCAGGACACCUCCGCAAACACCACGGAUGCUACCAUCCGCGCCACCCUCACCGGCUUUGCACAGAUCAUCUAGCGUUAUGUCCACAUCGAGACCGAGGAGUGGACCGGCAGGAUUGCAUUCUUAUACCGGAGGAUCCGCUCCUCCUUCUAGGGCUGUGUCGAGGGUGGAUCUUUCGGCGGCGGUCGCCUGCAGCAGCAGCAACACCAGUCUCUCCGCCAUAGGCAGAUCGAGUGCGUUCUCUAGUAGCAAUUGGCGACUGACCGCCGGUUCCGCGCCGAACACGCCGAGACCGACGCCGCCGGUCUCGCCACAACGCUGGCCAAGACGACUCUCGAAUCGGCAGACGCCGCAAUUGCCGGCACCACCGGAAUCGCAUCCUUCGACGAUGACGUAG